ACGGCUCUUCACUCCCACAUUUUGAAGAAAGGCGGAUGCUUGGACCUGUUCGCUUACAACAUUCUCGCCAACAUGUAUGUGAAAGCUGGUUCAGUCAACGAUGCACUCAAGGUGUUCGACGAAAUGCCCCACAGAAAUGUGAUUUCUUUUGUCACCUUAAUCCAGGGGUUUUCGGAGUCUCAGCGUUUCGCUGAGGCUUUAGAGUUGUUUGGAAGGUUGCAUAGAGAAGGCCACGAGCUGAACCCGUUUGUGUUUACCGCUGUUUUGAAGUUGCUUGUGAGGAUGGGACUGGCUGAGCUGGUUUGGACUGUCCAUGCUUGUGUUUAUAAGCUCGGACACGGCGCCAAUGCCUUUGUCGGCACUGCUCUUAUUGAUGCUUACUCUGUUUGCGGCGAUGUUGGUAUUACUAGGGAUGUGUUUGAUGGGAUUGUUUGUAAGGAUAUGGUAGCUUGGUCCGGGAUGAUAGGGUGCUAUGCUGAGAAUGGCGGUUUUGGAGAGGCGGUUGAGCUCUUCUGUCAAAUGAGGGUGGUUGGGUUCAGGCCUAAUAAUUAUACUUUUAGCGGUGUGCUUAAGGCCUGUCUCGGGUUAAAGGCGCUGGAUCACGGGAAGUGUGUUCAUGGAUGUGUGAUAAAAUCAUGUUACGAAAAGGACCUGUAUGUGGGGAUUUCUUUGCUUGAUUUGUACACCACAUGUGGAGAUGUUGAUGAUGCUCGGAGGGUGUUUCAAGAGGUGCCCAAAAAUGAAGUGAUUCCUUGGACUCUCAUGGUUUCGCGGUACGCUCAGAGUAACCACUGUGAAGAGGCGCUGGACAUGUUCUGUCGGAUGAGGCAAGCUUUUGUUGCUCCCAAUGAGUUUACGUAUGCUAGUGUGCUGCAAGUUUGUGCAACCAUGGAGAGUUUAGUUUUGGGGAAGCAAAUCCAUUGUCACGUAGUCAAGGUUGGUCUUGACUCAGUUGUGUAUGUUUCAAAUGCCCUCAUGGAUGUCUAUGCUAAAUGUGGACAGAUAGAAAACUCGAUGGACCUUUUUCUUAAAUCAUCAAACAGAAAUGAUGUAUCUUGGAACACAAUGAUUGUUGGUUAUGUCCAGUUAGGUGAUGGGGAGAAGGCGUUGACUUUGUUUUCAGAUAUGCUUAGAUGCCAAGUGCAAGCCACAGAAGUGACGUACUCCAGUGCUCUCCGUGCUUCCGCUAGCCUAGCAGCGUUGGAGCCAGGACAUCAGAUUCAUUCAGUGACAAUCAAAACCAUAUAUGACAAGGAUACUGUAGUUGGUAAUUCUUUGAUAGACAUGUAUGCCAAGUGUGGGAGCAUCAAAGAUGCCCGCUUGGUGUUCGAUAAGUUGAAGCAACAAGAUGAAGUUUCAUGGAAUGCAAUGAUCUCAGGAUAUUCUAUGCACGGUCUUGGUAAGGAGGCUCUAAAACUUUUUGAAAUGAUGCAGGAAACAAAUUACAAACCAAACAAGUUAACCUUUGUUGGUGUCCUAUCGGCAUGCAGCAAUGCAGGACUGUUAGACCAAGGACAUGCUUAUUUUAAUUGUAUGGUAGGGGACUACGACAUAGAACCAUGCAUGGAGCACUAUACUUGUAUGGUCUGGCUUCUGGGGAGGUCAGGCCAGCUUGAUAAGGCUGUGAAGUUGAUUGACGAAAUCCCAUUUGAACCUAGUGCUAUGGUAUGGCGUGCUUUGCUUGGAGCUUGUGUUAUCCAUAAUAAUGUUGAGCUUGGAAGGAUUUCUGCCCAGCAUGUGCUCGAAAUGGAUCCACAAGAUGAGGCUACACAUGUGUUGUUGUCAAACUUAUAUGCCACUGCAAAGAGGUGGGAUAAUGUGGCUUCUGUUAGAAAAAACAUGAAAAGGAAAGGAGUAAAGAAGGAGCCGGGCCUAAGUUGGAUUGAGAACCAGGGCAGAGUUCAUUAUUUCACCGUGGGUGAUAUUUCACAUCCUGACAUGAGACUGAUCAAUGGGAUGCUGGAAUGGUUGAAAAUGAGAAUCUUGAAGGCAGGUCAUGUUCCCAAUUGUAAUGUUGUUAUGCUUGAUGUUGAGGAUGAUGAAAAGGAGCGCCUCUUGUGGGUACACAGUGAAAGAUUAGCUCUAGCAUUUGCGCUGGUUAGAACUCCAUCUGGGAGCCUCAUUCGUAUCAUUAAAAAUCUACGGAUAUGUGUAGACUGCCAUGCCACAGUGAAGUUAAUAUCAAAGGUCGUGCAGCGUGAAAUUAUUGUUAGAGAUAUGAAUCGGUUCCAUCACUUUCAGGAUGGGAUUUGCUCCUGUGGUGAUUACUGGUGAUUGAUUUUUGUUGAGAUCUGGUACUUCGAAGGUGAUUUCAUGAAGUAUUCCUGUCCUAAACA